UUGCUUGUUCCCGUUCACGAUGACAAUGACAGUGAAUGAAAUUUUCAGUGAUGUGAACAUAUGGUGCUCCCACAUUCCACAAAGAUAUGUGUUCGCUCUGAUGUGCUUUCUGGGACUGUUCAAUGCAUAUGCAAUGCGAAGUUGUCUAUCGAUUGCAAUUACAGAAAUGGUCAGCAAUGCUAAUAUAACUGUCGCUCAUAACGAUGUUUGUACUUAUGACAAUAUCGCAUUACCGAGCAAUAACAGUAUCAAUGGAGGGAAUACCAAUUCCAUGAAUACAUCUAAGGAUACUUACAAUUGGGACCAAUACACUCAGGGUUUGAUUCUAUCAUCGUUUUACUGGGGCUAUGUUCUUACGCAUCUACCAGGUGGUUACAUCGCCGAAAAUUAUGGUGGCAAACAUACUUUAGGUUUUGGAAUCUUAAUCACUGCGAUUUUCACGAUCCUAACACCUGCAGCAGUCUAUGCUGGCAACUUUACAGCACUAAUUAUUCUUAGAAUGUUAAUGGGCCUUGGUGAAGGCAUCACUAUUCCAGCAACCAAUGUUCUAUUAGCCAAUUGGGUUCCACCAAAUGAAAGAUCAAGAACAGCCUCAUUUGUCUAUGGUUCGCUUAUGAUUGGCACAAUUUUUGCGACGACUGUGUCCGGUUGGAUUCUGCAGUAUUCUAGUAUCGGUUGGCCUUUGGUUUUCUAUGUGAUGGGAAUUCCUGGUAUUAUAUGGUACAUUUUUUGGUUGUUUUUGUGCUACAAUAGCCCUCAAGUUCAUCCUUUCGUCACUGAAAAAGAGAUGAAGUACUUGAAAGAAAGUAUGAACGAGCACACACGCGUGAACCCACCAACAUUACCGUGGCGUCAAAUUAUAGUAUCGAAGCCGGUGUGGGCAGUAGCCAUCGGAACAAUUGGUUUUGGUUGGUUGAACCUCAGUAUGAUCACCUAUUUGCCCAAAUAUAUGAGUGGUAUAUUGAAAUUUUCUGUCGAAAACAAUGGUUAUUACACCUCCCUCGUGUAUUUAUGUAUGUGGAUUGGUGCCAGUACAACUCCAUGGUUGGCAGAUUAUUUAAUUUCCAAGAGGAACGUAUCUACAACGAUGGUACGGAAAUUUUUCUCCUUUCUAGCGUUGCCCGUAUCCGCAGCGUUCAACAUUGCAGCUUCAUAUGCCGGAUGCAAUCGAUCAUUAGUUGUCGGGAUGUUCGUCAUAUCAAUGGGACUUCUUGGUUGCGCUUAUCCUAGUAUUGUGUCAAAUCCUUUGGAUCUAAGUCCAAAUUAUGCAGGCACGAUCAUGGCUUUGUCAAAUGGAAUGGGAGGAUUGACGGGAAUUGUCGGAUUUUACGUCAUUGGAAUUAUAACACCUAAUCAGACAUUGAGUGAAUGGACAUUAGGAUUUUGGAUCAUGUUUGGAGUUGGGACUUUCAGCUAUUUAAUCUUUUUGGUAUAUGGUAGUGGUGAAGUGCAGUAUUGGAACGAUCCGGUGUUUGUUCAAAAUGAGAUUGAUAAAAGACAUAGACGAAGAUCUAAUAAAUCUCAAAAUAACUAAAGACCUCUUCUUUGUAAUCUUAGAACUAAGAAAUUUUCAUAAUCGUAAAUUAUUUCACACAAUUAUUUUAGUUAAUGUCAUUUUUGUAAAAUUUCAACAAAAAGUAAUUAAUAAAAUCACACUCAAGGUGUUACUAUAUACUAUUACUAUAUAAACUCCAUAAAACUUAAAUGACGAGAAAGAUGAUUUACCUUGUUCUAUAAAUCUAGAUACACAAGAAGGCACUCGCAAACAGAUUUAUAACUUUAU